AUGGACAAUACACCAAAUACUGAAGGUCUUGACCAGCAGGCUCCCUCGUCUUCUGGUUCAGAAACCUCCCAGCAUCUUGCAUCUUCACUCAAGUUCGCCACCUUUCGGUCUUUUGUCGACUCAGCCUUUUUCCACGAAUUGUCGGCCCGCAAACUCGACCAUAUUAAACUGGACGAAACACCCAUCCCUGUGUUGGGGAGCUAUUCCGAAGCACCUUCUACAGCCGUGUCGUAUGCGAGUUUUUCCGUGACAAGGACUUCAUUCAAUGCUACUGACUAUACACCACUGACAUAUACUGCUCCACCAGCCGUGGGCGCACCUGGCCGGCUACUCGACCUCAAUACGAUAGAGUCAUUUAAAUCGUAUGACCGGGCUGGACUUUUGCGUACACGCAUGCAAGAGAUCACUUCUACAGUACUUUCUGGAGAGGCGCUGAGGGAUCCCUCCUUGUUGUGCACAUAUCAAAUUUUAAUGUUUUCCGACCUUAAAAAGUAUAACUUUUACUACUGGUUUGCAUUCCCCGCGCCACUACUUGAUUGGCGUGCGGGAAAAGUAGAAGCUAGUUUUGAAGUAACCAAGGACGUUUUGACAGCAAUCGAGAGCUGGCGUGGUGAGGUGGACCCAAAACAAUGGGGGUUUUUCCUGCUCAAAAAGGACCAAAGCUCAGAUGAUGAACAAGGCUGGAAGGUCGGCCAACUCAGUGAAUACGACACAUUUUUGUCAACAAUAGAAACUGAAGAGCAAUACUUGACGUUUGUUGAUCCGUCACCCCAUGAAUUGAUAGCAGGCUGGCCACUAAGAAACUUGCUGUUGCUAGCAUUUCAUUAUAAGUUAUUUGAGAAAUUUCCACAUCUUAAAGUGCUAGCUUACCGUGGCCGACCCGGAGCCAAUAAACCACGAAGCUUUGUACUGAGCGGGUUAGAAUCUCCACUGGAUGACGCGAGUUUGACGGCAUAUCUCGAAGCAGUGCCCAAGGCCACUGGGUGGGAACGGCUACCAACCACUAACAAGCUAGCACCAAAACACACAAACCUCGGUGCACUGAUUGACCCCGUUCAACUGGCAGAUCAAGCUGUUGAUCUUAACCUCAAACUGAUGAAGUGGCGGGUAGCCCCAGACCUUGACCUUGAAGUUGUAAAAAAUUCACGAUGCCUUCUGCUCGGUGCCGGUACAUUAGGAUCAUACAUUGCACGUGGGCUUUUAGGAUGGGGGGUACGUACGGUGACACUAGUUGAUAGUGGUCGCGUGUCAUACUCCAACCCAGUGCGACAACCUCUUUACACCUUUAGGGAUUGUGCCGAUGGUGGUAAGCCUAAAGCAGAGUGUGCUGCUGCAGCACUACGUGAGAUUUAUCCUUCAGUCGAAGCUCGCGGUGUACAGUUGGAAAUACCAAUGGCCGGGCAUGCUGUACAUGACGAACCAUCGCAGCGGCGGGACUACGAGGAGCUUGAAGAGCUCAUUAAAGCACAUGAUGUUGUGUUUUUGCUAAUGGACUCGCGGGAAAGCCGAUGGUUGCCCACAGUCAUGUGUGCUGCGCAGUCUAAGCUGGUGAUUAAUGCAGCAUUAGGAUUUGACAGCUAUGUGGUGAUGCGGCAUGGUGUUGUUGCCGAGGGUGCUCCAACGCCUAACCUUGGGUGCUAUUUCUGUAACGAUGUUGUAGCACCACUUGAUUCGUUAUCAAACCGUACACUGGAUCAAAUGUGCACGGUGACACGACCCGGUGUGGCCAUGCUAGCUAGUGCAAAUGCGGUAGAACUACUAGUAUCAGUGCUGCAACAUCCAAACAAAGGCCUGGCACCAUCUACAGAGUAUUCAGGGAAAGACAAGGAGCAUUCGGGAAGCCCAGCUGCUACUGGAGCGUUUGGAAGCCAGAUUCCUCACCAGAUUCGUGGAUUUUUAGGGUCAUUUGAUAGCAUGAAGGUGACUGGUGCUGCAUACCCCUCAUGUUCUGCAUGCUCUGCCCCUGUGAGGGAAGAAUGGAUCACACGCGGAUGGGAGUUUGUAAAAGAUGCACUCAACAAUCCCAAAUACGUUGAAGAGUUAAGUGGGCUAGCUGAAGUUCAACGCAAAGCAGAGGAGCUUAAUCUUGGAGGUGAUGGUGAAGAUGGAGAUGAUUGGGCCUUGUCAGAUUAG